CGGGGUGCACGUCAGUCGACCGACAGCCUUAGUCACACCAAAUACUUAUACUAUAACCUCGUUAGUCUGACGUAAAACCGUCAUAUAUGCUGAAUAGACAGCGUUAGUGCUAUUGCGCGAAGUAAUCGGCGUAGUUAAAUUUCAGCAGACUCCUGUGGAUACGGAUAAUUAUAACAUAACCUUGCUUCGCUGCAUUUAUUAUUCAGUUACUGCGCUCUACAGUACAGUCAGGAUGGCGCCCUAUAACGGUAAUCAUGAAGCUCAGACAUGCAAAUGAGAAUGGCAACGUCGAUAUAAUUGAGACUCAAGACAUCACCCUGCACAGAAACACCAACGAUCGUAACACUAGGGCAAUAUCAAGGAAAAUUUACGAAAACAUCGACAAUUCAGAAUACAAUUCAAAUUUUAAUGUAGUAUAUGACACAAGAAACCGUACUGAAACUUUCUUAAACUUUAAAACUUCUUCUAGAACAGAUAACUAUGAAAGUGCAAAUGUGAACGUUGGAGCAGUCGUAUGUAACAGACAGUAUAGAAUUAAUACUUGUAAAGUUAUUGCUUACAAAACAAUUAACAGUGAAGCUGUAAAUCUGGAGGAUACUGGAAAAAUUCACACUGCACACCCAAGCUUUUUAGAAAGCCCUAAUGCCUUAUCUGAUGUCACGCCUGUUGAUGACGAACGGGCGUUUGAACAGUCAGAUUCAGAUGAGAUGUCUGAAAACGGUAUCCAUCCUGUACCUAGAGGUAUCGUGAAUCCAAAUUAUCCAGGCUUUCAACAUUUAGCUCACACUCUACAGGAUUAUUCGUCUAAUAUAGAAAACUUUUAUCAUUCUGAUAAUGAAAUGACUGAUGAUGAUGUUGAUUUAGAAAUUACUGAAGUAGAAUCAGAAAACAAUCAAAAAGGAGUAACAUGCAAAAAUAACAACAACAAUAGUCUUAGUACCAUUACAUUUACAAAAUUGACAUCUUCACAAAAUGAUAUAACAUUCGAAACAAAAACAUUAGAUAGACAGAUCAAAAAUGAAAUGCCCGACUUACUAAAGACAGUUCCAAAAAAUAUUAAUAACAACAAUGAAAUCUGUUGUUUUGAAUUAAAUUGCUCAGAUACAGACAUAGAAAACAACUUUCAUACAAAAGAAAUAAUUGGUGAUUUUAAUAAAGAGAUUGAAGAAGAAAUUCGAGAACUUCUCAACUAUAACAUUAACAUUCAAGAUGAUUUAGAAGAAUUACGAAAAGAUAUUAACGACACUCUUGUUAAACCUAUAGAAAACACGAUCAACAAUAUCAGCGAAGUAGUUAACCACGUCAUAAAGAAACUUGUAGAAAAUCAAGGAACGUUCAUAGAUCAACAUGAAGAUUUGCCGUUAGCAGAAGCUAUAUGUUACACAGAAGAGCGAGAUGUUGUGGAUGAGAUUAGUAAAAUUAAUAAAGAAAAUGAAAAAAAUGCUAGGACCGAAAUGAAUUUAAAUAGGCCUACAUUUUUGUACAUAGAAAAUAGCUUAACCGCGAGCGGUAAAAUUUCAGAUGCGUUUUUGUCGGAUGGAAAAGAUGAAAUAAAUGUCAGUGAAUAUGAUACGGAAAAGCUAUCUUUAAAUGUGGAAAAUACUAUCAAACAAUUGAGCACCGAACUGAGGAAGAUUAUUCCUAAAUUAGAUGAAAUGCGAGAACGUGAUAAACUUUGGGCUGAAAAUAGAAGGUUCACGGACUCCGUUGUUAAAGAUGGAAAUUCUAAUGAAAUUCAGAGCUACUCGAAACGUAAUAUUUUAUCUAGUAGUUCAAUUGUAAAAGACAAAAGUGAUAUUAAAAAAGUUGGAUUUUCUAAUUCUACUAUUAGGAACGCUCCAAAAAUGUCUCAAAGAGGUCCAAGGGACCGUUUUAGAGAGCCGAAAAAUAGUAAUAGCAGUGCUCAAAGUAAAAUAUCCGUCCAUGGUGAUAAGGUCACCAAAGAGAUUGACUUAGAGAGUUUUGAUGUAUACAAUAUUGAGACUGCUUUACCUAAAUUAGAUUUGGAUGCUAUCGAAAGUCAUCUUAAAGCAGCCAAAGAAGCGGAACGUCGGAAACGCAAUGAUAGAGAGGAAAUUAGAAGGCGUUUGGCUAUGGGAGCAGAUGCAGAUGAAUACUUCAGUAUGGGACACACAGAGCGCCCAGGGAAAAAACCUAGCUUACAGUCUCGACUUCAAAGUGGUGCGAAAUUGCGUCCAUCAGCUUUACAAAAGAAUAAUAAGUCUCGUUCUUCACACUCGUUGGGUCAUAUUGAGCUGAAAGAGUCAGAUUUUUAUGCACUACAGGCGACACUUCAGACCGAGGCGCGGAUUGCGCUGGCCCAAGCAAAAGAAAUGGCACGUAUUCAAAUGGAGCAUGAACGUCGCAGCCGUCCGGUGUCGCCCGUGACCGAAAUGUUAAGACGUAGCAUGGAGAAGGCAAACGCGCCGCUAGCUUCUGAUCGACGUCGGGUAUCCCGACAGCUGCUCACCGAUAUGAAUAUUGCACAGUUGCAGGUGAUCGUGAACGAGUUGCAUUCGCAGAUUGAAUCGCUAAACGACAGUCUGGUGAAACUUUUGAUGGCUCGCGACGAACUGCACAUGGGUCAAGAUUCCAUGCUCGUUGACAUUGAGGAUCUCACUCGUUAUUUGGGUGUAAAAGAGCAAACCAAGAAGACAAAAGGCUCCAAAUCUGGUAUGAAGAGGCUUACAUCGUUAGUGAAGUAAAAUAAAUUAGUAAAGCUUAUAUGUGAUUAGAUUAUGUGUUAUGAUAAUAUCGUAUUUAAUGAAAAUUUUAAAUUAUCGCUGCCGUCUAAGUUUAUUAUUCUGAGAAAUCUCGAUUCUUAUAAUAAUUAUCUUUGAAAGAUCAAAUUAUUAUGUGCGACUUUUUCUGAGUGAUGACUUAAACGGUGCUUACAACACAAGGUAAUUAUGGUAUCCAACUUAAAGUAAAGGCCAUUAAUUAAAUUGCUCUUCUGAAAUUUAAUCAUUUGUCUUGUAAAUUAAUGUCUAAACUAUAUUACUCUUACAAUUUUUGACUUUAUUCUAUUGCGGAAGGAAACGGAAGUGAACAGACAUUGACAAUAGAACAACAGUCAUUGUAAGUUAAUUUAAAAUCUAAUUUGUCAUAAUGUUUGUAUUGAUAUCAUUAUUAUUUCUCCUUUUGCCCAAUUAUCAUCGGAGUGAGAUAUAAUCUACAUCAAUAAUCUAAUAAUUUUAAAAAACAUUUUUUUUACAGCCGGAUCGUUAUUGCGUGAAAACUAUAGUUCAUAGUUUUCACGCAAUCACUGACGGAAAAAUCGUUUUAAAAUCGAUUUUGGAUUCGAUUAAAUUUGGAAACAAUUAAAAAAAAACAUUCGAUGUACAUUUAAACAGUAUCUUUAACAGUGCUACUUCUAGAUUAGUUGAAGUCAUGUUUCCUUCCGCUCAGCAUAUAAACGUUAUAAAACGUUAUCUCUCUAUACUAUUCAAAUACUAUUUGUGUGUAGAAUUUUAAUCGAUAUUUAAAAUAAUGUAAUCGAAUGAUAUUCCAUGACCGAUAUUGUUGUUUUAGAGUAUAAUUAUUAUUACCUUGGACCGUGUUUCUUAGAUACACUAAAUAUAUUCUUGAAUAAACAAAUUUACCCUUUGACUCUUUCAAGUAUACCAUUUGAACAAGAUAACCAUCCAUAACAUAUAAAAUUAAAUUACUUAUAUUUAUUUUAUUAUUUGAAAUCGUACCCUUUAGUGUUGCUGGUUUAAAAAAAAUUGAAAUACCGCCGUCAUGAGUGACUUCAACAUUUCGAGGUGUGUGUUUCUAUUGUCCCGCUAUAAAUAAUAAGUUCUAUAUAAAUUGUGACGGUUUUUCAUCUAUGUAUUUAUAUCCAAAGAGUUAAAUAAGAUAUUUGUUAAUUUAAGGGUUAUUCAAGAACAUGUGUUAACUGAUACCAGACACGAUCUCAUUGUACAAACUAAAAUAUGGUCAACCGGAGUAAUAUUAAACAGGCGGGAUUUUUAAUAGCUCUCGAUGAACUUUACAAAUUAUGAUAUAAUGUAUUAAAAUAAAAAGAAUUUAAUAUCUAUGAUCAAAGAUAAUAAGCACCAGAUCAAUUAAAAAAAAGUUUAUUUUGGCUAUGGGAAGAAAACAUCUCUGUUUACAGAAAGUUUAAUUUAUCUAUGACUACAAAUUAUUAUUUCCUUCAAUCUAUAUAGUAUACAUAUACAAUAUAUAAGGUAUAAAUGAGAAUAUGAAUUUGUCGAAAAAUGUUCACUAUUACUCUGAGUGACUCAAUAUGCAAUGUAUUUGUAAUUUGUAUAUAUUGGUUCUUAUCACUUCGUUGUUAUCCUAUCACUUUCUAUGUAUAUUUAGACUUGUAUAUUUUGACUAUUAUGCCAGCUUAAGUACUGAUACCCACCUAGAUGUAUUGAAACAUAAAAAUAUUAUUCGCAGAUUAGAAAAACAUAUUUUUUCAUAAUGUAGCGCUCUAUGUAUAUAUAUACGUUUCGCCUUCGAUGUAAAACAAUAUUUUUCACGAAGUAGCAAAAUAGUUCAAAUCAGCUGAUGCGCGCGUAAAGCAGACACCGCCUACCCACUACCUUUCUAAAAAGUAUAUUACGUGUUGGAAAAACAUUAUUAUAGUGAGAUGGCGAUAUCUGUUUAUGUUGGUGUUUAUUCCAUUUCGACUUCGGGAGUAGUUAAUAAAAUUCGAUAAAAUCGGACUAAUAAAAUUGUCUAGUUUUAUUUACACAUCGAAGGUGUAUACGUACGUUUUUUUCAUCGUCCGAUACGAUAGCAAAUUAUCGUCUCAGACAAAAACUUUCCUAUGUUGAGCUACUGACGGCGCCUGUAAACUUUUUAACAUCAGACUAUCGGCGACGAGAUAACGAUAUCGUAUCGGUCAAUGUAAAAACGAUUUAAUAGUCGUAAGUAAUGUUCACGAUAUUUAUGUGUAGGCGUGUAGUUGUGCACAUGCCGGUGGCGCGAUCGUAUCGGAUGCUUACGCGCAGUUACCGUAGCUACAUAAAAACAAAUUAAUAUACAUAUGUAUUGCAAAUCACGCGCUGGAAACUGUUAACUGUGUUACUACCGAUCUGCAGCGUUGUUGACGAAUUUUCGAAUUUGUUCCUAAUUAAUAUACUUAAUUACCGUACCUUAUACCUUAACUUCUAUAAUCAUAUGAACGAAUAUCAAGUUGAUAGUGAAUUAAAAAUUAACUAGAUGGCAUUAGUGGCUUUAUUAAUUAUGUGCGUGGUAGGUGAUGUUCAGGCGUUCGAAUUGUGUUAUCCACCUAACUACCCUUUCAGUCUAAACAGUGAUAUUGUAUUGACUUACCCUCCACAAAAUAUAUUUCUCAAUUAAAUCAUACUUACCAUUUAAUAUUGUAGUAAGAGUAGUAGCUAUAAAUGUUGAAAUUUACAUUGAUCUUCUUUGUGUGACUUAUGAAAGAUAUUUUUUAAGCAGUGACUCAGAGGUGACGAGUUAGAUGCCUGUUAUGAAAAAUAUAUUUUUUAAAACAAUUUCUAUGAUAGAUCUUUGUCAAAAUUUAUGUUAAAGUUAUCGGUUGAGUAAAGAAAUUUACAAUACAAU